UUAGUAUCCUUGUCAGUUGGUUGGCAAACUUGGUCCCAAUAAUCAUAGCCUCCCUCCUUAGUACAAAGUCUUUUCCCUUUUACGGUGAAUUUGUAUAAAUAGCUAUACCCCUUUUCCCUCAAAUCCUCAAAGCCUUGCUCCAAGCAAUAAAGUCACCCCUAUUGUUUGAGCUUGCUCUCACUCAAAUGGCCACCACAUCAAUGCAAAUUACAUUGUCAUUUCUCUUCUUAUUCUGUCUGCUCGGUAUCUGCAGCUGCUUCCAUGGCUCUAACAGAGAUGAUGGAGGUUGGCAAACUGCCCAUGCCACAUUCUAUGGUGGUGCUGACGCUACCGGCACAAUGGGGGGAGCAUGUGGUUAUGGAAACUUGUAUAGCCAGGGGUAUGGAACGACCACCGCAGCUUUGAGCACUGCACUUUUCAACAAUGGCUUGACCUGUGGUGCCUGCUACGAGCUGCGGUGCAAUGACGACCCGAAAUGGUGCAUUUCUCGAACAAUAACCGUGACUGCCACCAACUUUUGUCCACCUAAUUAUGCUUUAUCUAGUGACAAUGGUGGGUGGUGCAAUCCCCCUCGAGAACACUUCGAUUUGGCAGAACCUGCUUUCUUGCAGAUUGCAGAAUAUCGAGCUGGUAUUGUUCCUGUUCUCUUCAGAAGGGUUUCUUGCGUGAAGAAAGGAGGCAUCAGAUUCACCCUCAAUGGCCAUUCUUACUUCAACCUGGUCUUGAUAACAAAUGUGGGAGGUGCAGGGGACAUAACUUCCGCCUCCAUCAAGGGGUCCAAAACAGGGUGGCUACCCAUGUCAAGAAAUUGGGGUCAAAACUGGCAGAACAAUGCCUACCUUAAUGGCCAAAGCCUCUCUUUCAAACUGACUGCCAGCGAUGGCAGGACUAUCACCAAGUACAACGUAGUGCCCGCUGGCUGGCAGUUUGGACAAACUUAUGAAGGAGAUCAAUUCUAGAGAAAUUGUUUCUAUAUAUAUAUAUAUAUAUAUAUAUCAGGCACAUGAGCGUAUUAUGCAGAGGUAGCAUAGUGGCACCCGCUAGCUUUAUGUGUGAAAUUGGCGAGCCAGUGCCAUAGCCUACAUAGGUACAUAUAUAUAUAGUGGCUCCAACUGUUAAAGUUUGGAGGGGAAUAAGCUGAAUUUUUCAUAAGAUAAUCUGUCGGGAAUUGUUAAUUUGACCAUAAUAUUUAUUGUUUUUUUCAUGACUAAAAUACUUAAAAUUUUUAAAUAAUGGUAUCUCAAAAAUCAGAGCACGCUUCUUUUGUAAUUUUCAAAUUCAGAUAUUAUGAUAAGUAUUGAUAACGAGUGCCUAUAGACUACAGUUAAUAUGUUAUUUGUAGUACUGUUUUUAAAUUAAAUGUAAUAAGUAACUGUUAAUAAGAAAAAAUUAACAUAUAAUGAGAGAAUAUACUUAAUAUAAUAUUCUUCAAAAGUGCCCUGCCUUUAGAGCAGUCGCUAAUUACCUCCCAAGGCAUUAGCGAGAAGUAGGAUUCAGGAUUGGAUCCUCACAAGCAUGGAUUGCAGUCAGGAGACACUCGAUCGUGGUGGUGAGUGGGCUGCAGUUUGUGGUAUCAUGACAGGGUUUUCU